AUUAAGGGGAUGUGGGCUGGCCCUGUAAUAUCCAAAGCGAUCCUCUAACUCUGAUUCAGUCGGAUCUCAGCUGCGGUUGUGGUUCUGUUGGCGUCGAACAGACGAAUCAUUACAGCGAGCUCUCUUCACCAGUGAAUAACAGAGAGAGAGAGAGAGAGAGAGAGAGGAAGCUGUUUUUACGGAAUAACAGUCUCCGCCUUUGGACAGGAGUCGGGUAGGGAGAUUUUAAAUGAAAUAUGAGGAAGGUGUUGAUAAAUCAAUCGUGUUUUUCUCUCUCUUGGAUACCGGAUUUCUGAAGCUUGUGAGCGCACGUUUCGGUCUUUUUUUUUUUUUUUUGCAGAGUGAUGUAGCCUGUGAGAAUAAAGAAGCAAUCGUAAAAUCCGACCCUGUCAUGGAUGCGAGUGUGCAGUGAUGCUGCAGGUGCAACUGACUAUAGUCUGUCAAUACAAAGAGCAAAACACUUACUGGUUAAUGUAAGAAUCCGAAACAAGGGCUGAGCACAAGUUCUACAGCACAGUAUGGUUGUGGCUCUUCCAAAUCAGAUGCUGCAGAUGUUUUGAGUGCAGGUUCAUUGAGCAGACCCACCUUACACACAGAGACCAGAUGAUGGUCCCCGGGGCCCCCAGCACGACCACCGCCAUGCUCCCAGCGUCGGAGGCUGCCAAGAUCUACCAGACCAACUACGUUCGCAACUCCCGCGCCAUCGGCGUCCUGUGGGCCAUCUUCACCAUCCUCUUCGCCAUCGUCAACGUGGUGUGCUUCAUCCAGCCGUACUGGAUCGGGGACGGCGCGGACACUCCGCAGGCGGGCUACUUCGGUCUGUUCCACUACUGCAUCGGCAACGGGCUGUCCCGGGACUUGACCUGCCAGGGGAGCUUCACCGAGUUCAGCACCAUCCCCUCCGGUGCGUUCAAGGCCGCCUCCUUCUUCAUCGGCAUGUCCACGGUGCUGGUGCUCUCCUGCAUCGGCUGCUUCACGCUCUUCUUCUUCUGCAGCACCGGGACCGUUUACAAGAUCUGUGGCUGGAUGCAGCUGGCUGCAGGAACAUGUCUGAUCCUGGGCUGCAUGAUCUACCCGGACGGCUGGGACAGCGACGAGGUGAAGCGGAUGUGUGGCGAGCAGACGGACAAGUACACGCUCGGGGCCUGCUCGGUGCGCUGGGCCUACAUCCUCGCCAUCAUGGGAAUCAUGGACGCCCUCAUCCUGUCCUUCCUCGCCUUCGUCCUGGGAAACCGCCAGGACAGCCUGAUGUCUGAGGAGCUGCUGGGAGACAAGGCCGGCAAUAAUGCCAUAUAAGGUUUGGUGUUUGUAAAGUCGUCGCACACAAACAGGUCUUACUGCCAAGAUGUGAUGUUACUAGAGGAUCCAGCUUCCCUGUCCCAGUUCAACCUGUGGCUGUGACGCAGAGCUUACGUGGGGGAAAGAACAGAACAAGAGAAAAAAAAGAAGGGGAUGAGGAGGUCUGGAAAAGGCCACACAACCUUUUUAAGGACGAGGACGCCUCCUUAACAGAGUCUCUGAAAACUCCCGAUGUAAAAUAGUCGUCUUGUUCAUCUCAAUCUUUUUAAUCCUGCAGGAGAAACUCUUUAAAAAAAAUAAUAAUAAAAAAAAAAAAAAGAGUUUACCUUUUAGUUUGUCACUGCAUCAUCUUACCCCGAGCUGUCCAAGCUGAUACGUUCUUCUUGUGGGUGUGAGGAAGGCUGAUCAAGUGCCCAGGAUCUGCUGGGGAAUUAAAAAAAAAUGUAAUUAGAGAGAGUCCUCAUGUUGUCAUUCAGCUCCAGGACAUUCGUUUGGACAAAGAGCGGCGAGCGACGGGACCGCUCAAAUCGAAUUAAAUCAACACAAAUUGCCCAGACUUUGACCGACACAAACAAGGACUUAACAGACUCGAGGUCAAAGCUGUCACGACUUCCUUUGCAUCAAGUUAACAAACUCCAUGAAAAAGAAGGAGUUUACUUUCUGGACUCUCUGACUUUUCAAGGAGAGAGAGGACUGGAGAAAAAUAAAAUAAAUAAAAAAAACUGGACGAACAAACACUUUUGUUAUGAUUAAAUGUUUGAUGUAAAUGGAAUCAAAAGUAGUAAUUUAAAGUGUGGCUAGUGACGAGUCUGACAAAAAAACAAAAACAACAGUUGUAUGAAGUCUAUAAUUUGUGUGAUGUUGAUCAUGUCGCUGUGGUUUGUCUCGACUUUGAAGCGUACAUUCUGAAAAGUGAAGCUGUGUGUCCUUUAUUAUUGUGAGCCAUAUAGUAUCUUGUAUUCUAACAGUAUUAUGGAGCACUUAAGAAGAAAAACAACAACUAAAGGGGACAUGAUGUGACGCUGGAUAUGUUGGGACUCUUUGUUGUAAUCUUUUUUUUUUUGUCCUGUCUUGAAAGCUUAAAGAGCGAGUACACACACGAGGAGUGUCUAUCUUACAUUAAACUGUUAUUUUCACUUUGAUGAAAUAAAAAGUUCAAACACUUUAAAUA